UUCUUUACCAAACCUCGCUUGGAAUCAUUCAAUUUCUCUUGUAGCAAACUAAACGUCCGCAGCGCUUAGCUGUGUCGUGGAAUGAUGGAAGUAAUGCUGAAAACGCUGUGCAUUUUAUUGAUGGCCGCAUCCAUAGCUCACGGAAAGGAAACGACCUACAUUACGGACGAUGUUUCCGUGUCGGAGCUGUUUUCUCUGCGAAUCGAACCGCGUAUGUUUAACUGGACGUACGAAGGAUUGAGCGAGCAGUUUCUUUACCGAUCUGCGCUGGAAGGUUAUCCGGAUCUACCGUCGUGGGUACGCUACAUGUACAGCCCGGAAUAUCAUUCCGGAUUCCUGUACGGAACACCUCCACUGCGAAAUGCUGACACGCGAGUACCGAUCGAAAUCAUCGCCUUGAACCGAUUGACUUACGAAACUAAGCGGCUCGUACUGGUACUGGCCGUGCAUCGGAAACAACCGGCGAAGCACAUUAUUCAAAUGAAAAUUGACAAUCUGAACUGGGUCCACAUGAUGGAUCCGGGGCGGAUUGAAAAUUUGAAAAACAUUUUUCGUAACGAUUUGUGGCCAGAAAGCCGGUCCGAUCUGCACGUUAUCUUUAUGGAUUCUGCCGUUAAGUUGGGUGCCCGUUUACCCUUGCGACCUCAGCAGCGGGAAGGUGUGGUGGUGCAUCUCGGAAGUAGUACCGAUUUCUCGCCAAGGAUGCUUGAACUGCAGGAGGAAGUGAAACCGCUGUACAAAAUAUCUUCCUGCACAUAUAAACGGACAUCGGUGCAGACAACAUUUGAAAAUUCGGGAUUCAAGCUGGAUUGGUGUGCAUUUCGACUAGUCACAACGGAGGACGAUAUUACCGCGUUACCACAUCAUCCAAACGAAAGUCACAAGCAUGCAGGUGUUCGCAAGGAUCAUCAACACGUGUCCCAUUUCCCCGACAAGUGGGAUGCCCCGUUGAAGUCGGAAGUACCAGAGCGCAACUAUAGCGAUGAGAUCGCCAUAUCGUUUGCCAUUCCAGGGAUGAUAUUCGCACUGCUACUUUGCGGUCUCACCAUCAUUCUUUGCUUUCAGCAUGAGAAAUUGCAUGACGACGAUUCAGAAUAUUAUUUCAAUUAUGUUUUCUACAUUUGCACUGACUUCCUUAGGAUGCAAAAAUCCUCCCGUACGGAAUACAGCACCAUCGCUCCAAACGUGCAGAUGGUGCAGUACUCACCGGAUGAUGUAAACUCCACAAUAAAGUUGAAAAGUUUGCGGGAGGCGCCAUUCGAUGAUACUCAUUCGGUCAGUCCCACGGAAAGUUACUUCCGCGAUGGAGCUACUCACAUCGGCAACAUGUAUAUGCGCCCGAAACCUCCACCAUACAAGCUGUCCGGCAAUGCCAACUCACCAACUUUGAACCGCAACGGCAACUUUGAGAUAUGACAAACGGAGCCACGAAUUUUGUUCUGCUAAAUCGAUAAACUUCCAAAAAGCGUCGACAAUUAUAUAUUGCACAAAGGCACAAAAAGUUUGCUGAGAGACAAUGAUUGUUGACCGACGGUGAAAAGCAAAGCAGCAUAUCCUUAGCAAAUCCCUGUAAGGAAUAACGAUUCUCGCCUAGAUAAGUAUUAAUCGUUCAAAUUCAGUUGAAGGCAAACAUGAUAAAAAAGUAAUACUAUCAGCGGCCAUUUUUUAAAAUUUAAUUUAAUUUUACUUCAACCUAUUAAUGUAUUCUAUUCAUUGAACGGGAUUUUCGACCUCAAGAUAUUCAUAUUUUUUCAUCUGUUCGUAAAUGAUCCUACCGUUAGAUGCGAGAAUAGUAACCAUGCUUGUUUUCACUUCCGUAAUACUCGUCAGGUGUUGCCAUUGCGAUACUCGUGGUGUGGUAUUGUUUUCUCUCGCCGAUUGUACCGCGAAAAUGUCCUGCCUGCGUGUUUCGGAACAGUAUUGUGGUGGAGUAUUGUGUUUAGUAUUUCGAUCGUCACAAUUUUUGCAAGUUUGCAAGCCGGUAUUGAUGUUAUAACCGACACAAUCUGUCAGUGUACUACGAAAUAG